GAUCCUCUGUUCGCCAGCGUCACCUUCCACCAUGUCGGCCUGGUCAUAUCCGCCGUCUUUGCCCUCAUCUCGGUCAUUGUCGCCUUCUUUCUCAUUUUCAAGCACGCGACCCAUUACUCGAAGCCAUGGGAACAGAAACAGUAUCUACCCCUCCAUUGCGACAAGCCCGCAAUGAUCAACCGUGCUGACGAACAUCAAGCNAUCAUUCGCAUUCUCCUCAUGAUCCCCAUCUACUCGACCGUCUCCUUCCUCUCGUACCUCUACUACAAACACUCCAUCUACUUUGAAGUCCUCCGCGACUGCUACGAAGCCUUCGCCAUUGCCUCCUUCUUUACACUUCUCUGCAACUACAUUGCCCCGAAUCUCCACGAGCANAAGGAUUACUUCCGCCAAGUCACCCCUAUAAACUGGUUCUGGAGCGUCUUUGGCCUGCAGAAAUGUACCGGUGGAAAAGACAAGGGCAUCCUGCGCAUACCCAGAAGCGGCUUGACUUGGUUCAACUAUGCCUUUGUCCGCGUGCUGUUCACUAUAGUCAGUGUCGUCACUCAGGCCAUGGAUCGCUACUGCGAGGCUUCGCUACAUCCGGCAUUUGCGCACAUCUGGGUUAUGGUAUUUGAGAGUGCCUCGGUCACCGUCGCCAUGUUUAUGCUCGUCCAAUUCUACCUACAGCUCAAAGCCGAUCUUGCCGAACACCGACCUUUCUUGAAGGUCUUGUGCAUCAAGCUGGUUAUUUUCUUCAGUUUCUGGCAAUCGCUUCUUAUCUCGUUCCUCUCAUCUUCGAGCGGACCUUUGCAACCUACAAAGAAGAUUUCUUAUCCAGACAUCAAGGUCGGCAUUCCAUCAAUGCUUCUGUGUGUUGAGAUGGCUAUAUUCGCUGUCAUGCAUCUCUUCGCUUUCCCAUGGCGCGAGUACGACCUCUCAAAGACUCCCUACGCCGACCCUGUCACGGCCCCUGGUUCUGGGUUUUCCGGCAAUGCACCAAAAUACCAUGGUGGAUGGCUGGGUGUUAAAGCGUUUGGAGACACCUUCAACCCGUGGGAUCUUAUCAAGGCCACCGCUAGAGGCUUCAGAUGGCUGUUUGUGCGCCGCAAGCACAGACAUCACGAUGUCUCGUACCAAGCACCAAAGAUUGGUGUCAAUCUCGACGAGCCGGCAACCUCGAUACCUGGACCGAAUGUCACCUCUCAUACUUUGCCGUCAGCGACGGAACUUGAGCACCAGAGACGCGCCAGAGCGGAUACAGUCGAUGAUGCAGAUACAGCCGGUCUGUUGUCUAACGCCCAGCAGAGUGGACUGGCAGUUCGUCCUUACCCAUACUCUCCUUCGCAUUCGCCAAUAAGAAAUGCCUCGUUCGACGACAGAUCGGACCACGGAGAGUCCGAGGCACCAACUGCUGAUAGCGCAGGUGCUACAGCCAAGUGCAUAUGGAGGUAUUGA